UGACGUCAGCCGGACACAAACACAGGCCCCGCCCACUGCUGGAAGAGGCGGGAAAACCUUAACUAGCACCCGAGGCGGCCAAUCAGAGAAGAGAACACAGCAGCGGUACGGAAAGGUGGCCAAUCAGACCAGAGAGUUUGUGUGACACGUGAACGCAACACUCCGCGUCAGCUCAGUGCUCCAACAUGGCGGCGCCCAUGCCCGGCAGAUGUUUCUUCUUCGUGGAGAAAAAAAAAAGAUUCUGCAAAAUGCGCGUGAGUGGCGGGAAAACUUACUGCGGGGAGCACGCGACGGAGGAAGGAGGCAGCAGGAGGAUCGCGUGUCCUCUGGACCCCAAACACACUGUCAGUGAAGACAAGCUGGACAAACACCUGAAGAGAUGUAACUCGAGAGAGAAAGCCAAACCUGUUUAUUAUGUGGAGAAUAUCAACUCUGGAUCAGGUGACACAGACGAGGCACUCCAACAGGUAACCAGAACACAGGUAAGUCUGUCUGAACAUAGCCGGACACAGCUUGAGGCUCUGCUGGACAAACUGAAGGCUGCCGUCACAGGUCUGCCAUGUGAUGUGGAGGACAGUGUUCUGUCUCAUCCCGUUCUCCAGGAGGAACUCCACAACCCAAAGAACGGAGACUCUGCCCACAAACACCUGAAACAGCAGUCCUCUAUCUUAGGUCACCUGGAAGCAAUGGGGCUACUCAGCAGAGGGCGGUGCUUUGUGGAGUUUGGAGCAGGUCGAGGGAAACUGUCUCACUGGAUCCACGAAGCCCUGAAGACUGAUGAGCACCUGAAGACUGAUGAGCACCUGCAGACCGACGAUGACCUCCAGCUGCUGCUGGUGGAGCGCUGCAGCACCCGCUUCAAGGUGGACGGGAAACAUCAGGAUGUUGGAGUUCAGUUUGAGAGGCUGCAAGUCGACAUUCAGCAUCUGGAUCUAAGUAAAGUCCCUCUGCUCACACAGAAGAAACUCCCGUUGGUUGGAGUCGGAAAACACCUUUGUGGAGCAGCAACAGAUCUGGCUCUACGCUGUUUGUUGGAAACACCACGACCCAAACCAGAGACCGAACCGCCCCGAAAACGCCUCAAGACCUCAGAACCAGCUGAUCCAGCAGCACUGCCAGAGACUGAUCCAGGUCUAGACUGUGGUCCUGGUCCAGUACUGGGCCUGGCGGUGGCGCUGUGCUGCCACCAUCGCUGCGAGUGGCGUCAUUACGUUGGUCAGCAGUUCUUCCUGCAGCGAGGACUCGGAGCCAAAGAGUUCUCCGCUUUCUGCCGGAUGUCCAGCUGGGCCACAUGUGGACUCAGACCGACCAAUCAGGACCCUCCACCUCCUGAUCCGACCAAUCAGAGAGAAGAAGGAGAAGAGCAUGAAGCAGCAGAAGAGUCCGACACUGUGAGCGGGUUUCUGUCGGCGGCUGAACGUGAGCGCGUCGGUCGUCUCUGUAAACAUCUGAUCGACGCCGGCAGACUUCACUUCCUGAAGACGAAAGGGUUCGACAGCAAACUGAGACGUUACGUGAACGCUCAGGUAACGCUGGAGAACGUUUUACUGACUGCCACGCCCUCUGCAUCAUCAUGACUCUUUACCUUUCUGUAAAGUUUGUAUUAAAGAAGUUUCACUCGUG